UCUGUACCAACCAUUCGGAAUUUUCAUUUCCCUACCGAUUUGCCUCUGUUUCAUAGAAAGAGGCCGAAAGCAAAAGCAAAAGCAAGAAAGCAAAGAAUCCCCAUUCCUCAUACCCGAAGUUAACAAUCUUCAAAUCAAAAACCCUAAUUUGAAAAACCCUAAAACCCCUAAAAGAAAAAGCCUAAUGGGGGAAACAAGGAAACGAGGCAGGACAGCGAAAACCCAAGCAUCAACCAACGAAACCAUGGACUUCCAAUACACGGCCGCCGCCCAAAACGACGCCGUUGCUCCCCAAAACGACGCCGUUGCCCCCCAAAACGACGUCUUUGUUGCUGCAAAUGAAGCUGUCUCGAACGCCACCGCCAACAAUGACGCCAACAACCCACCACUGGCACGACGAGUUAGAGGGCGGCCGAGGAAGUCUGGUGCGGGGCACACGGAGGACACGGACCCGCAUGUGGCAGCGUCCCCGGAGCGGAGACCUUAUCAAAAUGGGGCGGUGGUAUUGGAGCCGCCUCCGCAGCCGGUGACGAAGUGGGAGAGCGUGGCGGCGAGGGUGGUGCCAGCGAUGGAUGCCGUAGUGAAAGUGUUUUGCGUUCACACGGAGCCGAAUUAUUCGCUGCCAUGGCAAAGGAAAAGGCAGUAUUCUUCAAGUAGCAGUGGGUUUAUAAUUGGUGGGAAAAGAGUGUUAACAAAUGCUCAUUCAGUGGAACAUUAUACUCAAGUGAAGUUGAAGAAAAGGGGGUCUGAUACAAAGUACUUGGCUACUGUAUUGGCUAUUGGGACUGAAUGUGAUAUUGCAAUGUUAACAGUUAGUGAUGAUGAGUUCUGGGAAGGUGUUUCACCUGUUGAGUUUGGAGAUUUUCCUGCACUCCAAGAUGCUGUAACUGUUGUGGGCUAUCCAAUUGGAGGUGACACAAUCUCUGUUACUAGUGGUGUUGUAUCACGUAUUGAGAUACUCUCUUAUGUUCAUGGGUCAACUGAGCUUCUGGGACUACAGAUAGAUGCAGCUAUAAACUCCGGAAAUUCUGGUGGGCCUGCCUUCAAUGACAAGGAAAAAUGUGUUGGUAUUGCAUUCCAAUCUUUGAAACAUGAAGAUGUGGAAAAUAUUGGGUAUGUCAUACCUACACCAGUUAUAAUGCACUUCAUUCAGGAUUAUGAAAAAAAUGGGAUGUAUACAGGCUUCCCAAUCCUUGGUGUUGAGUGGCAAAAGAUGGAAAAUCCUGAUUUGCGCUUGGCAAUGGGGAUGAAAUCAGAUCAGAAGGGGGUCCGUAUUAGGAGAAUCGAGCCCACAGCUCCAGAAUCUCAUCUUCUGAAGCCAUCUGAUAUUAUACUUAGUUUUGAUGGGGUAAAAGUUGCUAAUGAUGGGACAGUUCCAUUCAGGCAUGGGGAGCGCAUAGGUUUCAGCUAUCUUGUUUCUCAGAAGUAUACUGGGGAUACCGCAUCCGUUAAAGUUCUCCGUGAUUCGAAGAUACUUGCAUUUGACAUAAAACUAGCUACUCACAAGAGGCUCAUCCCAGCACACACCAGUGGGAAAACUCCUUCUUAUUACAUUAUUGCUGGAUUUGUUUUUACAGCUGUAACUGUUCCAUACUUGCGAUCGGAGUAUGGGAAGGAUUAUGAAUUUGAUGCGCCAGUCAAACUAUUGGAUAAGCAUCUACAUGCAAUGGCAGAGUCUAUAGAUGAACAGCUUCUUGUUGUUUCACAGGUGCUUGUGGCUGACAUAAAUAUUGGAUAUGAGGAAAUCGUCAAUACUCAGGUUCUUGCUUUCAAUGGCAAACCCGUGAAGAAUCUAAAGAGCUUAGCCAAUAUGGUCGAUAACUGCAAUGAUGAAUAUUUAAGAUUUGACCUGGAAUAUCAGCAGAUAGUAGUGCUACAAACCAAGGCUGCAAAGGCUGCAACUUUAGAUAUCCUAACCACACAUUGUAUAUCUUCUGCAAUGUCUGACGAUCUCAAGACUUGAGAGAAGGUUGAGGGGAAACGCCAGAAGAUAAUCCAUGUGAUCCUAAUUUUGCAUGUCUCCUUAUGAAUGUGGUACAAACAUAAUUGAGUUACAUUUGCCAAUACAAGUGGGAGGGCAUAUUGUUAAGUUUUGCCUGUUCAUUUUGCAGGGCGUAGUUAUGUCUGGGUAGCUGUAAGAUGGUUUGAGUUUAUAUCGGAAGGAA